AUGAAACAAUUUCAUGGCAGUGUUCAUAAGAGCACAUUUUCCUCAAUUAUUGUGAAAUUUGGGAUAUGUGUUCUGUUCUUGGGGCUCGCCUAUCGCUUGUUUUCGUCCAGUUUGGUUCAAUUUUCCCCCGUUAUUGUGGCCGACGAUGAUGAAAUGGGUUUUGACAAUACCUCGCCGCCCCAAGCGGCGGCGGCGGCUGAUCUUUCGUCGGAGCAGCCUCCCGCUAGUGAUCUUUUCGUAAAUCCCGAUGAUAUCCGGAAUUCAGACAACGGGAAGUGCAAUUUGUUUGUAGGAGAUUGGGUGCCCGACCCGGAUGGUCCACGGUACACAAACUCCACUUGCCAAACUAUUGAAGACCCCCAAAACUGCAUGACCAAUGGGCGGCCGGAUUUCGAUUACGUCUACUGGAAGUGGAAACCGAGGGACUGUGAUCUGCCCAAAUUCGAUCCUAAGAAGUUUCUCAAUAUGAUGCGGCAUAAGUCGCUCGCGUUUAUUGGCGAUUCGAUUAUGCGCAAUCACGUGCAGUCCUUGCUCUGCAUGCUCUCGGAGGUUGAACGAGCUGUGGACAUCUACCAUGACGAGCCCUACAAAAACCGAAAAUGGUCUUUCCCUUCUCACGACCUUACUGUCUCCCUCGUCUGGUCCCCUUACCUCACUAAAGCAAUCACCUUCGAGGACGACAACGGGGUCUCGACUGGCCUUACCCAGCUCCACCUCGACAAGCCCGACCCCAUCUGGGCCCGCCAAGUCGAUAACCUCGACUACGCCAUAAUAGCCGGAGGCAAGUGGUUCCUCAAAUCUGCACUCUACUACACAAACAACACGUUAAUCGGCUGCCACAACUGCCAUGACCCAAACAUAACCCAACUGGGCUUCGCUCAUGACGAGUGUCAGUAUUUGCCCGUUGAAGAUCAAUGA